CUUGACCUUUCGUUUAGGAAGCAGGAGCCGGGCGGAUCCGAGCUGCCAGUCCCGGGACGGAAUUGGCCGCCUUCCCCCGCCUCCUCGCUGGGUAAAGGUCGCCUUCGCAGUGGCAGGCAGCCGUGUGGAUGCCGCGAUGCUGGCGGACAGAGAGAUUCAAUACAAAGGCGAGAAACGAGGUGUCGCCGCCAGCCGGCGCUGGAAGCUGAUAGCCGGUGUCUUCUUUAGCCUGUUGGUCGCUGCUUUCAUCGGGCUAGUGGGGUACUUCGCUGGUUACAGAAGCUUCUUCUCAGACAGUUGCUAUGAAUCUGCAGGUGGACCUUUCAGCCCAGAUGGGGACCUGCUUGACUACUUGCUUCAAAGCGGAAUUAUUGAGAGGAAGGAUGGUCUGCUGGUUACAUGGCACCAUGGUGCAAACAGCAAGAGCCAAAUGGAAGAAGCUCUGAACAGUAGUGCCAUGGUCCUGGAAGCUGACGUCAACAUUGAAGGACUCAACACUCGAAAUGAGACUGGCAUCCCUGUCAUGGCGCAUCCACCUGACAUCUACAGUGACAACACCUUUCAGGAGUGGCUGGACGUUGUUAUCAAAACCAAGAGAGGUAUGAAGCUGGAUUUCAAAAGCAUUGAUGCAGUGAACCCUUCCUUGGACAUCCUGGUGAAGAAAUCAAAUGAAAUGUCUAUCAACAGACCAAUUUGGUUAAACGCUGACAUUCUGAUUGGCCCGAAUGUCCCACAGUUCAUUAAGCCCGUCAAUGCUUCCAGGUUCCUGAGCCUUAUUCAGCAGAAGUUCCCAAAUGUUGUCCUCUCCCCUGGCUGGAUGACAUUUCACUUACCGCUGAUUGCAACCAAACCCUACACCCGAAAGAUGGUGGAAGACAUGUAUGGCCUGGUCAAAGGUUUAUCACAACGUAUCACGUUUCCUGUCAGAGCUGUGCUGUUGAAGCAAGCCUGGCCACAUUUUAGUUGGCUGCUCAGUCAGUCACCAAGGUACAGCCUCACUCUCUGGCAGGGAUCAAUUGAUUUCAUCACUGUGGAAGAUCUCUUAUUCUUCAGAGACAACAGCAACGUUGAACAAAUCUAUUACGACAUUUAUGAACCAGUUUUGUCAGAAUUCAAACAAAUUGCAUUGCAGACAAAUAGAAGACGAAGGUUUUACCCUGGUGGGAAGCUAUUGGACUAUUUUCCCCCUCAAGAUUUUGAAGAAUUGCAGAUCCAUUGGUUUGACAUUGGAGCCACGUUUUUGAAUUUGUCAGAACUUCUUCAAGGAAACGCUGGAGGAAUGCUUGUUCUGAAUGUGAAGAGUAAAGGCAAUGUUAUUCCAGUGGUGGAAAGUUCCAAACCUGGAUCAGAACUCCCUUUGAAAUCAGUUCUGAAUCAGGUCUUUCUUUCAUCAAACCGGUGGGGCAUUUACCUAAAGAUAAAAUCCACACAGGCACUAGCUCCAACCCUGUAUCUGCUUCGUGAACUUUACAGAGUACACCUUCUCCACAUACCCGUCUGGAUCAGCAUGGAUCUCUCUUAUGGCAACUUCAGCACCCCUGGCUAUAUUGAAGGAAGCCAAUUCAUCGAUACCAUCAAUAAGAUAUUUCCUUUUGUAACUAUAGCUCCAAGUUGGCCAGCUGAAGCACUUAAACAUGGUUACACAGAACCAUUGGUGGAAGAUAUGCUGAGUCUUUGUCAGGGGUUGUGGCAAAUGGUGUCCUUCCAGCUUCAGGCCAUUCCGUUGUCUAAAUCGUGGCAGGCGGCCUUCAGACUGCUGCAGGCUUCCCCCAGCUACACUCUGACAGUGGAACACCUACAUGCACAGGGCACAUAUGUGGAUGGGUUUCGAGGGCUGAUCAACAUCCGAUUGCACAGCAAUCAUCGGAUUUACUACCGCUUACCUCCAGAUUAUAGAAACAAUUUUGAGAUGGAUAUUUUUACUUCAUAAAAACUGAUCCCCAACUCU